ACGUUGCGGUUAAACAUGAUUCGGUUUUAUUGCUUCUUACUUUUUCUAUUCUUCAUUCGAGUCCGUGGGGUGGGUGAUAGUAGGUAUUGCGACGCUCGGGCCAGACAGUGGCUGAUGAUAAUACUUAUGAUAAUGAUUAUAAAAAUAAUAUUAUGUCUCCAGAACAAAUCGAUAGAAGUGCUGACGGUGCAAAAAUGCGACGUCAGCGGUCAGCCGAUGGACUUCGACAUCAACAUGGACUACGAUAAGAAGACAGGCAACUUUCGCCUGAAGACCGCCAAUGAAAUCAACGAGGACUACAUCGUGUCGGCCACGAUAGAGCAGAUGAUAAACGACGAGUACGUGUUUUUCGCCGACGUAGAUAACACAUUGUGCGAAAUUAUCGACGCCUGCUUGAAAACCGCGUGGGAGAAAGCUAGAUCGGCCAUGGAGCCCCGUAUCGAAGAGUCUUGCACCAUCUUGCCGGGAGAGUACUCGUUGAAAGAUUUUAGCCUGAGCAAAGACGAAGUGAAAAUGCCGGUAGAAGCGGACGGGCAAUUCAAAGCAAAAAUCAGCCUUUUCGAUCCCAAUGAGAACGAAGUCGCUUGCCUAAUUGUUGAAGUGAUAACUAAAUAUUAACGACGGCACUUUUGAAGUUCUGCUUCUUAUAAAUACGUAAUAAAACAGAAAAACUAAAGAACUAAACAA